AUGUUUACAGAAAAAUGUUUGCUUGCGUGGUUGGAUCUUAGAAACGCCUUUGGAAGUGUCCCCCAUGAAGUAAUUGAGAUAACCCUAUCCCAUCUGGGUGUUCCCCAAUCUGUGGUUGAGCUAAUGAAGAAUGUAUACACUGACGCCAACACUGUAGUUCGAACGCCUGCUGGUCUGACAUCCGAUGAUAUGGUCAAAAUACGCGAUAGACAUAAUUCCGUUGUUGACAGAUUCUCAAAAGCGAUUCGAUAUGGUCAUGUGAAGCUUGACCAGCAAGUUGAUGGUUCAUCCCACGAGUGCCGCCCUAAUAUUGUUAUUAACGAAGGUAACCAAGUCACAGUCAUAGAUGUAACAUGCCCGUUCGACAAUGGUGAGAAUGCUCUCAAGGCUGCUGAAGAUUAUAAAGUGUCCAAAUACCAUCAUUUGAUUGACCACUUCAGAUCGGUUGGAAAAGAGUGUCACACAUUCGGUUUC